AAACAUCCCUUAAAACAAAGGACGGUUGUAGGCGGAGCUUUUCUAAUAUUAGGUGGAGCUCUUUUGUAUCUCAGACAUUGAAAGAGAGGAAGGGAAUAAAAAACGGCAAUUUCAAAGGUUUGUAUUGAUUAAUCGGAAUUCUUGGAUCAGAUCUGCAGAAGCUUCAAUUUGGACAACAAUGGAGGUGUCUUCAAGCUCGGAUUAUCGGGCUACUCAAAAUGUGGAACUUGUACCGGAUAUGAUUGAGGAUGUGAAGAUUGAAGAUGUGAAGGAGGAAGGUCCUUCGUUCUACUGUGAUCUUUGUGAUGCAGAGUUGGUUCGGAAGGUAGCACAAGCGUUCCUUCCGGGAUUGGCUACUGCUUGUGUUGACAACACAGCAGGUGGGCUGUUCAGCUCUGCUGGUUCAGUGGCUGCUGAUAUAAGAAAAGAGAUGGUGGAUGAUAUGACCUUGAGAAGUGAAAAUUUCGUGGCUGAAACUGUUGUCUUAGAAGGUGGUCCAGAGGCAGAAAAAUCUGACCAUCCUUUUGAUAUCAUUUCUGAUUUUGUGGAUGACUUUGCAAGUUUGAAGAGGAACUUGUUCAGCCGGGUUUCGGGAUGGUUACUGAGUGAAAAGAGAGAAGACAGAAUAGAUGAUUUUGUACAAGAAAUGGAAGUUAAUGGGUUCUGGUUGCUGGACAAGAGAGAAGCAAUUGCACAGACUUUGGUUAAGAAUGUUGACUUCAAGAAUGCAUUUCACUGUGACAAGAAAUUUAACUCUCCAGAGGAACUUGCUGAACAUGUACCUGUCUGUGGCUUUAGAUCUAUGACCUGUGAAAAUGAGGGUUGUAAUGCUAGAUUUUCAGCUAACCAGUUGGCGAGGCAUGACUCAAUUUGUCCUUUCAAGAUAAUUCCAUGCGAGCAGAAGUGCUUAGAUGGCAUCAUGAGACGGGAGAUGGAUAGGCACUGCAUAACUGUCUGUCCAAUGAAGCUUGUGAACUGUCCUUUCUAUGCCGUGGGUUGCAAAUCAGCUGUGGCCUCCUGCAUGAUAGAAAAACACCGUUGUGAGGACCUGCAUUCUCAUUUGUUAUAUGUUCUUCAAGGUAUUCACAAGGAAGCAUCUGUGGAAGAUUUGAAGCGACGGAUAGGGCAACUAGAAAAGGCAUCAACAGGCAACUUGGCAGAUGCCCGAGAUGCAAGAUCUUUGACAUCUAGAGUCAAGAAUCUUGAAGCAAAGCUUGGGCCUUUAGAAAUUACUCCUCUGAAGACAGUUGAUGAACAGACCACGGACGCCAUUGAUGAAGAGACCACAAAGACUGCAGGCAAGGAUGUCGAAGAGAAGAUUAAGUCCCUAGAAGUUAGUGCCGAAAGCAAAGAUAGUGAAGAAGAAGCUAGAGAGACAACAGCUAAGGAUUCUGAAGCAAAACUUGAAUCUGUUGAAGCUAGUGUUAACAGCAAAGAUUGUCGAGAUGUCGAAGAGACUGCAGCAAAGGAUUCUGAAGCAAAACUUCAAUCUGUUGAAGUUAGUGUUAAAAACGAAGAUAGUCAAGAAUUCAGUCCAACAAAACAAGAAAGUGAAACAGCAACAGAACUCACACCCAAUGAUAUUGAAGAAAAUCCUGGGCAUUCUGAACCAAGUGCAACAAACAAAAGCAGUGAAGAAGCUUCAAAGACUACGAACCCUAUACUUCAGGCAGUUGAAAACUAAGUUCAGGCAUUUUGGUUAUGGUCUUUCAGCCAGCCCUGCCUAUGAAAUGAAGAAAUAUUCGGUUUCCUGGGUAACUAACCAUUUAUAGCUUCGUUUCUAGUUUUUCCUAACCAUGUUGUAAACAGAUACUUUUCCAGAAUUUUCAGGUUAUCCUGAUUAAACACCUGAAUACUACCAUUUAAAGCUUACAUCAGGUAUUUGAUUGUAUAGGUUUAUUACAAUAUAACAAAAAUGAAUAGGAACCUCAUUUUCUUCAUUCGGCCAUUUCAUGUCUGUAAA